GCCUUCUGUUCAGGACACACCGGCACACCGAGAGCACGCACACCGGGAGCUGCACAAUGGAUGUCAUAGGGGCUUCAUCCCGCAGAAGAGUGCUCGAGACACGGGGCAUCCGCGCCUCCCCAUCUACCAGCCUCAGGUCGCACUCCUGGUCUCAGAGAGCCCCCGGCUCCACGUCCAUGUCCUACAAAAGAACCACCAACGUGCCAGCAAGCAGGGCAUACACGAGCGCGUCCGCAGCAGUGUUAGCCUCGCCAGGCAGCCUAGAGCUCUCAUCCGCGGUCAAUGCCGACCACGCGCGCAACAACGAGAAGGAACAGCUUCAAGGGCUGAAUGACCGAUUCGCCAGUUAUAUCGAUAAAGUCCGUUAUCUGGAAGAGCAGAAUAAUCUGCUGGAGACUGAAAUUCAAGAACUCCGGCAGAGAAAGUCCACGCAGUCACAACGUAGUGAUGCAUUCGACCAAGAGCUGAGCGAACUCCGUUCCACGCUAGAGCAGCUGCACAGAGAGAAGGCUCAGAUCAUUGUUGAUGCAGAUAACAUCGAAGAAGACAUUCACCGUCUGAAAAAUCGCUUUGAUGAUGAAGCACGCUUUAGAGAAAAAACGGAGAUUGCAAUCCGGGAACUGAAGAAGGAAAAAGACGACUCGGUUCUGAUUAAAUCGGACCUGGAGAAAAAAGUUCAGUCUCUCUUGGAUGAAGCAGACUUCCUGCGCAGUAACCACGCAGUGGAGGUCGGCGAACUUCUUGCUCAGCUCCAGGAGGCGCAGGUGCCUGUGGAUAUGAGGGAGUUCAGUAAAACGGACAUCACCUCCGCGCUCCGGGAAAUCCGCGCACAACUGGACGGCCUCUCCUCACAAAACCUGCAUCAAGCGGAAGAGGUGUUCCAGUGCCGCUAUGCCAAACUAACGGACGCGGCAGAUCAGAACAAGGACGCGAUCAAAUCUGCUCGGGAUGAGAUUGCAGAUUAUCGCAGGCAGCUGCAGGUGAAGAAUGUCGAACUGGAGGCUCUCCAUGGCACGAAGGACUCCCUGGACAGACAGCUGAAUGACACUGAGGACCGGCAUAACAACGACCUAGGCAGCUACCAGGAUAUGAUCCAUCAGCUGGACAGCGAGCUGAAGGGAAUGAAGAGGGAGAUGUCUCACCACCUCAGGGAAUACCAGGAUCUGCUCAAUGUCAAGAUGGCUCUGGAUGCUGAGAUCGCUGCCUACAGGAAUCUUCUGGAGGGUGAAGAGACUCGCUUUAGGGGAUUUGUUGAUUCAUACCCAAGUCCCGCCUUUCCAUACCGUCAGCCAAUGACCUCCAAAGCAAAGAAAGAGGACAAACAGGCAGACCUGAACGAGGACCUGGCCGCCGUAGCGGAGGAGCUUCAGGCAGAGGGGGGUGAGGAAGAGGAGGGGGAGGAGGAAGAGCAGGAGGCUGUGGAAGAAGAGGUGGCUGCCUCCAAGCAGCCUAAAGUGAGUGCUACACCCCCUACAGGAGAGGAAGGGGAGGAGGAAGAAGAAAAAGUAGAGGGGGAUAAGGAGGAGGGAGAAAAAGUAGAGGGGGAUAAGGAGGAGGCAGAGGAGGGAGAGAAGGCAGAUGCUGAGGAAGAGGAAGAAACCAGCAAAAGACCUAAAGAUGAGGAGCAAGAUGAUAAAGAACAAGAGUCAGGAGAGAAAGAGAAAAAGAGUGAUUCAGAAGGAGAGGAGGGAGAGGAGAAGAAGAGUGAUUUAGAAGUAGAGGAGAAGAAGAGUGAUUCAGAAGGAGAGGAAAAGAAGAGUGAUACAAAGAAAGAGGAGAAGAAGAGUGAUACAGAGAAAGAGGACAAGAAGAGUGAUACAGAGAAAGAGGAGAAGAAUAGUGAUUCAAAAAGACAGAAGAAGAAGAGUGAUACAGAGAAAGAGGAGAAAAAGAGUGAUAUAGAGAAAGAGGAGAAGAAAAGAGAUUCAGAAGGAGAGGAGAAGAAGAGUGAUUCAGAAGGAGAGAAAAAGAGUGAUAUAGAGAAAGAGGAGAAGAAGAGUGAUUCAAAAAGACAGAAGAAGAAGAGUGAUACAGAGAAAGAGGAGAAAAAGAGUGAUAUAAAGAAAGAGGAGACGAAGAGUGAUACAGAGAAAGAGGAGAAGAAGAGUGAUUCAAAAAGACAGGAGAAAAAGAGUGAUACAGAGAAAGAGGAUAAGAAGAGUGAUUCAGAAGGAGAGGAGAAGAAGAGUGAUACAGAGAAAGAGGUGACGAAGAGUGAUUCAGAAGGAGAGGAGAAAAAGAGCGAUAUAGAGAAAGAGGAGAAGAAGAGUGAUUCAGAAGGAGAGGAGAAGCAGGAGGAGAAGGAGGAGGCAGCUAUCGCCAACGGAGAACAGAAGAGUCCCGCCCAGACUGCUGAAACCCCAGGGUGGCCCAGGGUUAUUCUGACCCGAAAUGUAGAGACCAUCACCAACGGAGAGAAGGUCGCCCCCAAGCCUGCCAAGAGCAAGGCAGCCGUGGAGGUCAAAGAGGAAAAACCCACCCCCAAGGAAGCAGCAAAGACAUCUGCCCCAGCCUCUACUGCCCCAGCCUCUAAAGAGGUGAAAGAGAAGCAUGACAUGUGCAUCCACGUGUAG